AUGGACAGUGAUGAUGGUCACGCGAAUAAAGCCUCGUCAGUACAGCGACAGAGCGUCUUCUACGAAUCCCUUAUCGUAACAAAAGACAGGGAUCAUAUGCCGAUGGAGGUGGCAGUGUCGUUGGCGGAGGCGGAGGCGAAGGAUAUGGUGGUUGCCAGUGCGCAGCUCAAGCAACGGGUUGCCCUUCAGGACCACCAGGACCUCCAGGACUUGCGGGAAUACCCGGAGAAGACGGUACCCCCGGAUAUCCUGGUCAGACAGGUGGAGUCGGCCUGUCCGCUUCGUCAUUCCAUUCCUCAGGGAUGCAUCCAGUGCCCAGCAGGACCUCCCGGUCCACAAGGACCAAACGGUGGACCUGGCCCAGCUGGAGCUCCAGGAAAUCCAGGCCAAGAUGGACAAGGGGGCGGAGCAGGCUACCCAGGACCUCCCGGACCCCCAGGAGCACCAGGACGGAAUGGUAACGCCGGCGCACCAGGACAGGAUGGAGCACCUGGAGCUCCAGGAACACGAAGGAGUAACUAUCCCGGCCCAGCUGGUGCGCCAGGACCAGCAGGAGCACCCGGUGCACCUGGACAGAACGGUAGCAGCUACGGAGCUGGGGCACCAGGACCGGCUGGACCACCCGGUCGACCCGGAAACCCUGGAACAAACGGAAGCCAUGGAUCACCAGGGCAAGCUGGUGCUGCUGGAGCUCCCGGCUCGGACGCUGCUUAUUGUCCUUGUCCAGGAAGAAGUCGUGGUUAA